AUGCAGCAAGUAAUAGCAGUUGGGAGACAACCAGCUUGUAAAAGCUACAAGUCUACUUUCAAAAUAUUUAAUAGGACGCUUUUUAAAAAGUUCCGAGAGCCUAAGAAAAUAGCUAACUUCGAUGAGAAGGAAGGCUUUCACCACGAGUAUUCAAUACGGCCAGAUACUUUUGCAUUCAAGGUAUCAGGAGCCAACGAGAGAUCGAGAUCAGUAGUAGAAAUUAACAAGGAAAAAGCUUCAAACAUAGUGGAUAGAAAAGUACACCCAUUACAAAAGAACAACUCCAAGAAUGGAUUUAAUGUCGUCGACUUUAUCUAUAGAAACUCCACUAAUUACCCAUUCAAUGAACGUUCACCACAAGAAGUAUUUAAUGAAUAUCCGCUUACUAAUUCAGCUAAACUAUCUAGACGUUUACAUCGCCCAAAAAAGAUUAAAAUGCUAACUUCCGAUUUUAUCGACGAUUCACUUUAUAACCCAAACUAUGGCUACUUUUCACAAGAAGUAGAAAUUUUCCACCCUGAUAAGCCAUUCGAUUAUAAUAAUAUUUCUGAUGUUGAUGACUUCAUGGAUAACUGGCAAAAGGCUUAUUCAAAAUAUGAUGAAAUGAACCCGAAAGCUUUUCAAGCCAAACAAAAGCUUAACGAUAUAACGAAACAAAAUCAAGUUUUAAAAGAGACCGACUCGAAACUUGCUCGUAGAGCCAAACAACUUUACCAGAAGGAAACUGAAUUAGUUCAGACUGGCCAAUUUUCAAAGACCAAAAGAUCGUUGCAAUUAUGGCAUACUCCAACUGAAUUAUUUCAGCCCUAUUAUGGUGAAGCUUUGGCUCGCUACUUAUUAGUCAACUAUAAGUUGAAUGGGUAUUAUCCAUAUAAUGAUUUAAUAAUUUAUGAAAUGGGGGGAGGAAAUGGUACCCUUAUGUGUAACAUUCUCAACUACAUUAAAGAGAACCAACCGGAUGUCUAUGCUAGAACCCAAUAUAAAAUUAUUGAAAUUCUGAGUCAGUUAGCUGAAAAACAAUUAUCUAGUGCAUUGAAGGCGAAAUUGAUACUGCAGGGGUUAGAUUCUCUGAAGUUGGAAAUAAUCAAUAAAUCAAUCUUCAAUUGGGAUAGAAUAGUAGAUGAUCCUUGUUUUUUCAUAGCAUUGGAAGUGUUUGACAAUUUUGCUCACGAUUUAAUCAGAUAUGAUAAUGUUACAGGUGAACCGUACGAAGGCCAUGUGUUGGUUGAUGAACAUGGUGAUUUUUACGAAUUUUUUACCCCAGAACUAAGUUACUACUCAAAUGCGUUUUUGCAAUUACGUGAAAAUGGACAAUAUCCGGUGUUGAAACAUUCUGAUACUAUUCUGGGCAAAGUAGAGACGGCCAAAAGUAUGGUUCCAUUUGUAACCAAUAAGGACAGAAUUCAUCCACUUUACCAUUCAUCCCAAAAGUUAAGAACGAUGAACUACCUUUUACCUUUCAAAGAUAAUCUAACACCCGGAGAAUUCAUUCCAACGAAAUUGUUGCACUUCUUUCAGAUCUUGAAGCAUAAAUUUCCUCAGCAUUCAUUAAUCUGCUCUGAUUUUCACUUUUUACCUAAUUCCAUCAAUGGAUACUACAAUGCACCAGUAGUUCAAACCGUUAUUCAAGAUAAAAUGGUCGAUGUAACUACCUACAUGUGCUAUCAAGGCUAUUUUGAUAUAAUGUUUCCUACUGACUUUGGGGUGGCUAGUGAUUUAUACAAGCAGGUUACUGGUAAAGUUCCAAGAGUCGAACUGCAUCGCGAUUUCUUAGAACAUUGGGCUGACACUGAUAUUACAAGUACUAAGAAAGGAGAAAAUCCAAUGUUAGACUUUUAUACCAAUGUCAGCUUCAUGGUAAGUUAG